GGGAAGUCCCCCUCCCGCCGGGUUGUUCGCCUCUCGCGCAGACCUUCCCUCAGCUGUAGCGGCGCUCCGCCUCCUGGCUCCUGCAGCCUGGACUGGCGACGCCGGGUGACCGGAGCGCGAGAAUUAAGCGGGUGAGAAGGUGUGAGCCGCAAACCCAGAGGAGGGCGGAAGGAGGAAGAGGCGGCCCCGGGGUUGGUCAGGGGGACUGGGGAUCCCGCCGGCAGAGGUCCCUUGGCCGCCUGACUGACUGACGGGCUGAUUGACUGCAGCGGCUUCGGGUCCGGACACUCGGAGCUGGGAGGCGCGGUGAGCGGAGCCAUGGCCUCGGGCGAGUAUAAGCCAUGUAUAGAGAUAAUUGAACAACCCAGGCAGAGGGGAAUGCGUUUUAGAUACAAAUGUGAAGGGCGAUCAGCAGGCAGCAUUCCAGGGGAGCACAGCACAGACAACAACCGAACGUACCCAUCUAUCCAGAUUAGGAACUACUAUGGAAAAGGAAAAGUGAGAAUUACAUUAGUAACAAAGAAUGACCCACAUAAACCUCAUCCUCAUGAUUUAGUAGGAAAAGACUGCAGAGAUGGCUACUAUGAAGCAGAAUUUGGACAAGAACGCAGACCUUUGUUUUUUCAAAAUUUGGGUAUUCGAUGUGUAAAAAAAAAAGAAGUAAAAGAAGCUGUUAUUUCAAGAAUAAGGGCAGGAAUCAAUCCUUUCAAUGUCCCUGAGCAACAGCUGCUUGAUAUUGAAGACUGUGACCUCAAUGUGGUGAGAUUAUGUUUUCAAGUUUUCCUCCCUGACGAACAUGGUAAUUUGACAACUGCUCUACCUCCUGUUGUCUCUAACCCAAUUUAUGACAACCGUGCUCCUAAUACUGCAGAAUUAAGGAUUUGUCGUGUAAACAAGAACUGUGGAAGUGUCAGAGGAGGAGAUGAAAUAUUUCUACUCUGUGACAAAGUUCAGAAAGACGACAUAGAAGUUCGGUUUGUGUUGAACGAUUGGGAAGCAAAAGGUAUCUUUUCACAAGCUGAUGUACACCGUCAAGUAGCCAUUGUUUUCAAGACUCCACCAUAUUGCAAAGCUAUAACGGAACCGGUAACAGUAAAAAUGCAGUUGCGAAGACCUUCUGACCAGGAAGUUAGUGAAUCUAUGGAUUUUAGAUAUCUGCCAGACGAAAAAGAUACAUAUGGCAAUAAAGCAAAGAAACAAAAAACAACUCUACUUUUCCAGAAACUGUGGCAGGAUUGUGGAGUUAAUUUUCCUGAAAGACCUAGACCUAGUCCCCUAGGAUCAACUGGAGAAGGAAGAUUCAUCAAAAAAGUUUUGACAGAAACGUCUGGGCCAGUUUCAAGUCAAGCAGGAUCCUACUAUUCCUCAUCUGCGUCCAUCUCAAGUGCAUUGCCACAUCAUGCUUCAGCCAUACCCCCAGUGGUACCUCAGCCUUCUUCAAGCUGGUCAUCAGUGGCCCACGCCACCUCACGUUCAGUCAAUACAAAUUCACUGAGUAGUUUUUCAACAGGGACACUUUCCUCUAAUUCACAAGUUAUCCCACCAUUCCUGGAAAUGUCUGUUGUGAGUGAUUUGAAUGUGUCUAAUGCUUGCAUUUAUAACAGUACUAAUGACAUAGGCAGAAUGGAAGCAUCAUCUGUGUCACCAGCUGACUUAUAUGGUAUUUCUGAUGCCAGCAUGCUGCCUAAUUGCCCUGUGAACAUGAUAACGCCCAGUAAUGACAGCAUGAGGGAGACUGAUAAUCCAAGACUUGUGAGUAUGAAUCUUGAAAAUCCUGCCUGUACUUCAGUGUUAGACCCAAGAGACUUAAGACAGCUCCAUCAGAUGUCCUCUUCCAGUAUGUCAGCAGUCGCCAGUUCUAGUACUAAUGCUUUUGUUUCACAAUCAGAGGCAUUUGAAGGGUCUGACUUUAAUUGUGCAGAUAACAGUAUGAUAAAUGAGUCAGGACCAUCAAACGGUACUAAUCCAAAUAGUCAUAGUUUUGUUCAAAAUAGUCAGUAUUCAGGUAUUGGCACUAUGCAGAAUGAACAAUUGAGUGACUCAUUUGCAUUUGAAUUUUUUCAAGUUAACUUGUAAGAUAUAAAUGGUGUUUCAAGAAUUAAAUCCCUUUAAAGGUAACCCUUUUGAUAUUACCUUUAUAAAUGCAACAUUAUAUAUUCCUCUAAGACUAUACUACAGUAUAUCGUGGACCCUUGAACAACACGGGUUUGAACUGUGCGGGCCGGUCCAGUUAAUUCUCACAUUUUCUUCACUAAGUAUGUAGUGCAGUACUACACGAUUUGAAGUUGGUUGAAUUCAUGGAUGCAGAAGACAUCCAUGGAGACAGAGGGCCGACUGUACAGUUUUAAACACAGAUUUUUCACUGCACAGAGCGUCUGCACCCCAACCCCCAUGUUGUUCAAGGGUCAACUGUAAUAAUAACUUCAGGUAUGUAGGGGAUUCCUCUAAUGGGCAAUCUUGUCUUGGGAGCUUCUUGUUUUGCUGGCAGAGAAUUGGUUGGGAUAGAAAAGAUGAAUGCUCAGUGCUUGAAGCUGCAGCUAAAAGAGAGGGAUGAACUCAUUUCCCAACUUCAGGAAGAGUUAGAAAAAGUCCAGCAUUUACAGAAGACUUUUGCUUCAAAAGUAGAUAAAUCCACACAGACUGAACUCCUAGGCUAUGAUGCAUUGUGGAAUCCUACAUACAAAGAAAAUUUAUGUAAACCAGUGUAUGAUGAAUCUAUGACAUGUUAAAUAUUGAAUAAAAUCAAUUUUUCCAUUAAAAAACCCCAACUUUGGGUAUGUAGAAUACAAAGUUGGAAACAGUCAUAAAAGGAAAAUUCCAAAAUAGAAAUUUAGAAGAGCUUUACUGUUUCUUCUUUUGAAACAUGUGAUCCGAUACUGUGUGUGGUGGGAAUUCUAGCAUGAGAAUCCUGCCACAUUUUCCCAGGACAGACUGAGAACAUUAGAGCGAGGCUUCAGUUUUUCCAGCUACAUCUUUUUAUACUUCUUUUAUAAUGUAUUAAUGUAUUCUUAGUUAAAUGAAUUAACUGAUAUUUGCUUUUAAGCAAAUUUAAGGUAAAACCUGUAAUGGCUAUGUCAUUGGAAAAAUUAAUUCCUUAUUAUUUUUGAGGCCAAUGGGCCAAGGUGACCCCUAAGGGGUUUUCUGAGGCUUUCUGGAGUUUCUUAGAUUUACAUGUAAAUCAAAAUUUCUUUCAAAUGUUAAGUUGGGCAGCAGGCAGUUGAAGUAAGCUUUCAAGGUAUGGGAGUUCUCUACAUUUUGAACUAUUUAGAUCCAUACCUUUAAAAUUGCUUAUGAUUUUAACUUUACAUCCAUGUUUUUAAGAGGAAGAAGUUUCCUUGGACCUGUCCUCUUUGUUAUGUGUCUGAACUCACUGUGAUCUCAUCCAAUUUCAUGCUGUCAACUCCCAAAUUUUACCCCUAGCUUACACCCACCCCUUCAACUCCAGACUUGGAGCUUAUGUGUGUGUGUGUAAAACUGCUUAUUUGACAUCUCUACAUAGAGAUGUAAUUAAAGCUCAAACUCAACACAUCCAGAGCUGAGUUCUUGAUCUUCCCUCCCAAACUUGCUUAUCCUUCAGUCUUCCUCAACUCAAUAAAUGGCAGUGCCAUGUUUCUAGUUGCUCAGGUCCAAAACAAUGGAGUCAUCUUUGCUUCUUUUCUUUCUUUUAUCUCUCAUAUCCAAUCCAUCAGCAAAUCUGGUAGGCCCUACCUUCAAAAUAUAUCUUAAGCUGCCCACCUCUCUUGACCUCUGAUAUUAACAUCCUAUUCCAGACCACCAUCAUCUCUUGCAUAGAUUGAAUUAUAGCCUCCAAAAGCUCUCUUUACAUCCUUGUGCUCCCGCCGUCUGUUCUCCCUGAAGUAGCCACAGUGAUUAUUUUUAAAAGAAAUCAAAUCAUAUUCACUUGCUCAGAACCAUCCAGUGGCUCCCCAUCUCACUUAAAGACCCAAAUCUUUAAAAUUAGCAGGCCCACACUCCCUCUCUUACCCUCAUUCACUACCAUUUUCCCCUUCUCAUUCAGCUCCAGGCACUCUAGCCUCAAUGCUCCUUUUCAAAAACACCAAGUACACUCCUGCCUCAGACCCUUUGUACUUCCCUGGUGGAGCAGUGGUUAGGAAUCUGCCUGCCAAUGCAGGGGACAUGGGUUUGAGCCCUGGUCCGGGAGGAUCCCACAUACCAAAGAGCAGAUAAGCUGUGAGCCACAACUACUGAGCCCGCGUGCCUAGAGCCCGUGCUCCACAGCAAGGGAACUAGUUGUAAAAUAAACUCAGCUGUAUGUGUAGCUCAUGCCUUACAUCCUUCAGUCUCACUC